AUGGCAACACCCUCUUCCCAUGCUUUCACCUACGAUGUCUUCCUCAGCUUUAGAGGGGAAGACACACGUUAUGGUUUCACUGGCAAUCUCUACAAAGCACUUCGUGGCAGAGGAAUUCGCACUUUCAUAGAUGAUGAGGCCCUUCCGAGCGGAGAAGAAAUAACACCGGCACUUAUGAAGGCAAUUCAAGAGUCCAAGAUUGCCAUCACCGUGCUCUCUCAGAACUAUGCUUCUUCCUCAUUCUGCUUAGAUGAACUUGCUGCCAUCCUUGACUGCAAGAGUAAAGGGCUAUUGGUUAUACCUGUCUUUUAUAACGUCAACCCUUCUGAUGUCAGACACCAGAAAGGUAGUUAUGGAGAGGCAUUGAUUAUGCAUGAGAAAAGGUUCAAAGCUGAGGAGAAGUUGCAGAAAUGGAAGAUGGCUCUGCAUCAAGUAGCUAACUUCUCUGGCUAUCACUUCCAACACGGCUAUGAAGGUUUGGAGGAAGAAGAGAAGAGUGUUUUUCUUGAUAUUGCGUGUUGCUUCAAAGGAUAUGCAUUGACAGAAGUUGAGGACAUGCUUCUUGCUCUUUAUGACGACUGCAUGGAACAUCAUAUCGGUGUGCUGGUCGAAAAAUCUCUCAUAAAGGUUAGUGCGAACAUGCAUAGUACAGUUGAAAUGCACGACCUGAUUCAGGACAUGGGUAGACAAAUUGACCAGAAAGAAUCACCGAAAGAGCCAGGGAAGCGCAGGAGAUUAUGGUUACCGAAAGAUAUAAUUCAAGUUUUAAAAGGAAAAACUGGAACAAGUCAAAUAGAAAUCAUAUGUUUGGAUUUCUUCAUUUCUGAGAAAAAAGAAACAGUAGAAUAUAACGAAAACACCUUCAUGGAGAUGGAAAACCUUAAAAUACUUAUUGUUAGAAAUGCUAAGUUUUCCAAAGGUCCCAAUUAUCUUCCAGAAAUUUUGAAGUGGUUCGAGAAUCUAACCAUCUUGAACUUUGACCACUGCGAACUUUUAACACAGAUACCUGACGUUUCUAAUCUCCCAAAUUUGGAGGAACUUUCAUUUGAAGGGUGUGAGAGUUUAAUUACAGUUCACGACUCAGUUGGUUUUAUGGAUAAACUUAAAAUAUUGAAUGCUGAAUUGUGCAGCAACCUAAAGAGUUUUCCUAAUCUCAACUUGACCUCUCUUGAAAGACUAAAACUUUCUUUUUGUUCCAGUCUUGAGAAUUUUCCGGAAAUAUUAGGAAAGAUGGAAAACAUAAAGAAACUUGAUCUGUAUGACCUUCCGGUAAAAGAAUUGUCAAAUUCAUUUCAAAAUCUUUCUGGACUCCAAGAGUUUUACGUGGAGUGUGAUGUUCUUCAGUUAAGUAGCAUUGCCUUGACGCCUGAACUGUGUGAUCUGAUCAUUGGUAAUUGCAAGGGGUGGCAAUGGUUGGCUCAAGUGACAUUUUUAUCACUGAGGAAGAGUAAUAUCACAUUCCUCCCCGAAUGCCUCAAAGAAUUUCACAACAUGUAUCAUCUUGACGUGAGUGAUUGCAAAAAACUUCAGGAAAUUAGAGGGGUUCCACCAAACUUAAAACAUUUCAGGGCAAUAAACUGUAUAUCCUUGGCUUCCUCGGGUUCAAGCAUGUUGCUAAAUCAGCAACUUCACGAGGCUGGAGUUGAAGUUACUGAGUUUGUCUUUCCUGGAGGAAGUAUUCCAGAGUGGUUCGAUUUUCAAAAGAGGGGACCUUCAAUUUCUUUCUGGUUUCGAAAUGAAUUCCCUGCCAAAGUUCUUUGUUAUCUUAUUGCACCAGUACUAGGAGCUCUUUCCCAUUUGGUUACACCCAAGGUGAUCAUUAAUGGUGUUGAAGAAUUUCGUUUUGGACGCCUAAAGGAAGCCGAAGUGAGGACGUCGGAAUUGGAUUAUACACAUCUCUUUAAACUUGAAAAAGGAAUCCAUUUUGGAUUGCCUUUGGAAAAGGAAUGGAGCCAUGUGAAGAUUAAAUAUAAAGAAGAUUUGUUUGAUACCUCACUCAUUAAAGCAAUGGGAAUCCAUGUAGUGAAAGAGGACAGCAUGAGCAUGGAGGACAUUCGAUGCGAUGAUCCUUACAUCAACUCAAAACAACACAAUCAUCUUAACACCAAGUUAUUUUCCAGAAAGUUUGAAGGUACUGGAAUGGCCGGAUAUCCUUCAAAUUGUUUACCAUCUAAUUUUCAUACCACCAAUCUUGUCAUAUGCAAGUUACCUGGCCUUUGCAUUAUGUCGUUGGGAGGGAGUAUUCCAGAGUGGUUCGAUUUUCAAAAGAGGGGACCUUCAAUUUCUUUCUGGUUUCGAAAUGAAUUCCCUGCCAAAGUUCUUUGUCAACUUAUUGCACCAGUAGGAAGACCUGCACCAAGGCCUUUCUAUUUGGUUAUUAGACCCAUGCAGUUCAUCAAUGGAAAGAAGCGAGGAUGUUGA